AUGCAGCAUGUUAUGCUUUAUUGCUUUAAAAAAGGUGAUAGUACAAAUGAUAUUACAGAUGAAAUUUAUACUGUUUACGGGAAUGAUGCUACUAUUACGAUCAUCCAUAAUUGGUUUAAGAGAUUUAGAGAUGGCAAUUUUAACUCGAAAGAUGAAAAUCGCAGCAGUUGUCCAGCAACGACGAAGAUGGAUUUUAUCAAGGCUAUACUCGCUGAAAAUCCGCGAUAUAGUGUGCAAGAAAUAGUGAAUGCCAUUAACAUUUCCAGGAAAACGAAAACGAAACUUAGCGAAGCCAUCAUGAUGAGACCACGACAAUGCAAAACCACAUGUUGCAAUGACUGUAAGAGAAAAGCUGUUAUGGAUUGA